AGUGGCGUGAGGCAGUGUGACGCUGUGUCAGGCAGGCUAUCGGCAGUCGAGGGAGGCUUAAAGAGACAUCAUAGCAACUGGAGGACAAGAGGGGCGAAAAAAAGAAACGAUUCAUACGAACGAAGAGCCAUGACUUCGACUGGCCGUCGAUAGCUUAAGUCUAAAGGGCACCAAGGUGACAUAAAAGCAGUCGGUUACCUCUCCAUCCCGUCCCGUGGCCGUUUGUUCUCGGGGUCGCUCUGUGCCGUGACCCAACAACAUGGAUAGCAUCUGCUGUAACACUGAGGGCUGACCACAAGGAAUGAGGAACCCCAAGGGAUGUUCCCAAGCGGCCUCGUGGAUGCACUAGCUGGCUUUUGGAGUGCUUUUUUUAUGAUUUUGUACUGUAUGUGUCUGUCUGUGGACACGUUUUAGCGGCCGGCGCCUGCCUCUUCUCCUGUCGGGACCGUAUUUGUGUUCGACUGGAGCCGGAGUGACUCGAGGAGACCAAACGGGAGCCCGCAACGUUAGCUAUAGAUUGGUUUAUUUGUCGCCGCAGUUGUAACAGCGACACCUUUCCUCUGUCCUGUGAGAGUUGCCCUCUCUACCUCCCUCCCUCCCUCCCCCCUCUUCCUAAAGCUUCCUCUGCCAUUGUUAACUGGAUCUCCUAUGGUUUGCAUGGCUGGAGAAUAAUCGUGGAGAGGCCAGGGUAUCACAAGCUUAUGGAUUUUGACAAGAGAGGGGGCAAGGGAGAGACAGAGGAAGGGAAAAAAAUGUCUAAGACGGCAGGAAGUAGGACUGGACAUGGGGGCCGAAGUUCUGGGACCAAUUCUGGAGUUCUUAUGGUUGGCCCGAACUUCCGUGUUGGUAAAAAGAUUGGCUGCGGGAACUUUGGAGAGCUGCGCCUGGGGAAAAAUCUCUAUACCAACGAAUAUGUGGCCAUCAAAUUGGAGCCUAUAAAAUCCAGGGCGCCACAGCUCCAUUUGGAAUAUAGAUUUUACAAACAGUUGGGAAAUUCAGAGGGAAUUCCACAGGUGUACUACUUUGGUCCUUGCGGGAAAUACAACGCCAUGGUGUUGGAGCUGCUCGGGCCCAGUCUCGAGGACCUGUUCGAUCUUUGCGACCGCACUUUCUCCCUCAAGACCGUCCUGAUGAUAGCCAUACAGCUGAUAACGCGGAUGGAGUAUGUCCACACAAAAAGUCUGAUCUACCGAGAUGUGAAGCCAGAAAACUUCUUAGUCGGGCGACCGGGAAGCAAAAGACAGCACACCAUUCACAUCAUCGAUUUUGGUCUGGCCAAAGAGUACAUAGACCCCGAGACCAAAAAACACAUCCCGUACCGGGAGCACAAGAGUCUGACUGGAACGGCGCGCUAUAUGAGCAUCAACACACAUCUGGGGAAAGAGCAAAGUAGGCGGGAUGAUUUGGAGGCCUUGGGUCACAUGUUUAUGUACUUCCUUCGAGGCAGCCUCCCUUGGCAAGGCUUAAAGGCGGAAACUUUGAAGGAGAGGUAUCAAAAAAUCGGGGACACCAAACGAGCAACCCCGAUAGAAGUACUUUGUGAAACCUUCCCAGAAGAGAUGGCCACCUACCUGCGAUAUGUGAGGAGGCUGGACUUCUUUGAGAAGCCCGACUACGACUACUUGCGGAAGCUCUUCACCGAUCUGUUUGACAGAAACGGCUACGUCUUUGACUAUGAAUAUGACUGGGUUGGCAAAUCCCUGCCCACACCGAUCGGCCCUAUCCCUAGCGAUGCUCCCCUGCAGCCCAGCAGCAGGGACAAAGCACAACAGCAGACCAAAAACCAGUCGCCUGAGCCAAAAGGAAGUGAGUCUCAGCCCACCCCUGUGACCAAUAAGGAGACUUUGGGGUCACACCUCACAGCUGAGCGGCUGGGGGGCUCUGUCCAGGUGAUGAGCUCAACAAAUGGCGAGCUGAACACGGAUGAUCCCACGGCCGGACACUCAAACGCUCCCAUCACCGCUCCCACCGAGGUUGAAGUGGCCGACGAAACCAAGUGCUGUUGUUUCUUCAAAAGGAGAAAGAGGAAAGCUCUCCAGAGGCACAAGUGAACCAAGCGAUUGGAGAGAACUUGAAACCUUGUUGUCACUGUCGAGUUUUAAAUGGAAGCAACUACACAGACCCUCGCCCCCCUCCGCCCCCCUCCCUGUCCUUUUCUCUACCCAGCUUCCCCUCACCUCUUUACCUUCCUCACUUGACUUCCCUUCACCCCCCCCACUUCCCUUCCGCCAUCCCUGCUUCUAUCUUUCUCGUUCUCAGCGCUCCCCGGCUGCCGAUGUGUUAAAGGAACGUUGCGGUCAGACUGACUCCCAACAGACUCUGAUUCCUUAAUCGGCAAGAAAAAAAACUCGGAGGGAUGGGGCAGAAGAGAGGCUUGAGAAAAAAACGUUUUAAAAAGCUGUAACAAUGAAACUGUGGCGUGAAUAUGAAAAAAGAUACUGUUUGAAACAGUUGUUGUAUUCUAGAUUCCAUAAAGAAGGUUUGUUGUUCCAACAGUGAGCUGUUGAUCAGGGGGAACCAUCCGAAUUCUGCUCCUCAACCAAUUGUUUCUUGCUUUCCCUUUUCUUCCUUUUGGUGUGUGUUUUGGGAUCAAAGGUGAAAAUACGAUCAUAUUAAAUCCAAGCGACACGGCAAGCUUUUCAUCUAUAACAGAAAUUGGAGCAGUUUUAUGUUUUUUUUUUUUUUUCUUUUUUGUAAUGGAAUCCUCCGUUUUUGAAGACUUCUUUUUAUGUUGUAGUGUUCUGGAGUUGCAUUUUUCCCCUUCCUCUGGCUUUCUUUUCGUCUGUCAACGUGGACUUUGUAGCACAGUCACUGGCCUCAGGUACUGUGGAAGAUCGAGAGAAACCGAUAUUAAGCUCUCUUACUAUUAUUGCACUUUUUGGGGAAAAAAAAAAAAACAGAAAACAAUUACAGUGGAAAGUUUAGGUUUGGAAUUAACAAUUACGAAAAACAAAACUUAAUAAAGACUGAUCUAGGAAGAGUCCUUCA